UCACCAAAAUCCACGCUAUCAUUUUCCACAAAAAUAAAUCCUAUCCACACGUGGUAUUUCAUUCAAUUUCCGCAAGUCAAUUCCUUGAUUUGAUAAAAUAUUGAAAUUCAGCUAAAUUCUCACAUUUUCAAAUUUCCACAUCCAAACGACCCCCAAAUCUUUCGAAUUCAAAUUUGAUGUCUACCUUUUGGUCGCAAAAUCGACGCUCUUUGCUUCUUUCGAUUAUAGGGCUCACACUAAAAGGAAAUUGGGAAAAGAUGAUGAUUAGGACAACCGAUGAGAUUGUUUGUUCAAACUUCCAAGUAUUCAUGACACAUUACAUUGAACACUAUAUGGUUUUACGAUUCAUCAUAAUCUUUAUUACAGCUACGUUGCAAUUUUAUCAUUAGAACACGAGACACUCAUAAGCAGUUGGGUAAAUUAGGGUUCUGUUUUCUUUGGAAUUCAUUCAUGGUGGUGGACUGGUGGGGGGGCGCGAAUGCUUUGCUUCAUGUCCCUACCAUAGUAUAGUAGUACCAUAGGCUGUUUCUUUAAAACCCAGCUUUUCCCAAAGAGUCAGAGUGACAGUCACGGGGGCUGCGCCACCGCCACCCCACCAGCGACGGCCGGCCCCACACAGCAGCCACCAAUCACCAAUUCAAUUGGGCGGUCGCCUCCCCAUUUCUGGCAUGCCCCGCUGUCGCUCUAUCCUUCAUCGCCCAUUUCUUCCCGCUGUCUACAGAAAAAGAAGAAAGAAAACAAAGAAAUACCUCUCAAAUUUCUUCCUCGCAGCCUAUCUCGUCUUUGAUUCUCCUCCGAGUGAGCGAGUCUCUGUUCGUCUGUACAAACUGACAAAUUUGCAUACUUGUAUAAAGAAAACGGAAUACACUCCUACCGCCAGCGAGAGAGAGAGACAGAGAGAAAGCAAGCCUAACUAUAGAGACCUAACCCCACCCCAGUUCGCGACAAGUUUCAAACCCUAUCCCCUUUUUUUUUUCUCUGAAAAGAUCAAUACUUUGAUUAUUUUUCCUCCAAAGUUUUAUGAUCCCGUAGAUAUUGUUCCUUUGUUCUUCUCCUGCUCUGCUGUGCUCUCCCUCUCUCUCAUUCUCGUCACUUCUACCACUCUCCUUCCUUUCUAGACUGUUGCUUGUUUUGCUUCCCUUUUCUCUGGGGACGGAUUAAAGUAAAGGGUGAGGAAAGCGAGAGGCAAAAGAGACGAAACAGAGGCCUUCGAUUUGUGAAUUGGCCAAUUGGGUCAUCAGCGGCUGAGUUGAUUGAACCUUUUUAUUACUUUUCUAUCUAAUUCAAGCACAGCUUUGGUUCUCGGAACUUCUCGUCGACUGUGUAUCUUUUUUGACUUUGUUUGUGGAAAGACAAAAGGUGGGCUCUCUUCAGCAGUAUCCUGUUUCCUGGGGGUUUUUUUUUUCUGCUCCUCCAGUUUAAUUUCUUCAGCUUUCAUCUCGAGGUUCAUUUCCUUGCCCUUGCUUUCUCUGCGUGUGAAGGUUUCUGAGGUGAAUUCUGUUGUGGAUUUCCUUCUGAUGGACCUCAGCUUCUUACUUUGGGAAAUUUUGUCGCUUUAGGGCAUGAAUUGUGUUAAUAUCUUUUGAAUUCUCCUGGUUUCCCGACAGACAAUUGUCGAGGAAUUGGAGCCGGAUUUUGUGGUAGUUUUUUUCUUUUGUCCGUUUGCAAAGUUCCCUGCUUUCCCCCUGUUUUACUUCCCUUGGAUUCCAGCCUAUGAGCUACAAAGUCGGCGACUUCAUUGGAAUCCGGUCAUUCUAUGAACCGCUGACUAGGGGGCUCUGCUUUUCUUUUAGGUUUAAGCGUAACAUGGGUGUGGGAGUUUGUCCUUGAUUUUCCGUAGGGUUGUUUGAGGAAGUUAUGAAAUUUGUGCUCUUUUUAACUCGCUUUCAUUUUCCGAGUUGUAUGACCACUCACAGUGUUCUUUGAUCUCUGGUUUCAUUCAGAUAUAGGGCAGUUGACCUAAAAUGCAGAGUUUUGGGUUUGAACUUUUUGAAACCUUGAGGUUUUUGGUUGCUUUAAACCAUCUGUUCUUGACGCCUAGCUUACAAAGAUCUCAGUUUGUUAUUCAUCUUCUGUUCAUUUGGUACGCUGUUGCUGCACAAAUUAGGGCUUGGAUUAUGCAUCUUUGGCUCGUAUUGGUUCUUGUUCUUGCUUUUGAGCGUCUCAUGGUUGAACUGAGUCUGUUAUACACUAGAGCCUUUCAUCUUUGGAACUGUUGAAAUGGUAAUGGGAAUUUCAACUUCCUUUAAGUUGUGCUAUCUUCUCUGUGUGUGAAUGGAACUUGCUUUGUGUGAUAUGCCAGGUCUAAACUUCAGCCAGGGUUGCUAAUGGAUUCUCCACAGUCUGUUGUUUCACCAUUCAAGAAUGCUGUAACUACCGAGCCAGAGAAACUGAAAACUGACUAUACUGUUAGGAGUGCAGUCAGCAGCAUAACCAAGGAGGAGGGUACCAGGAAGGCAACUAAUGGCCAUCUGGAGGACAACUUCAUCGGAAUGCUUGAGGUUUAUAUACAUCAGGCUAGGGACAUUCAUAACAUAUGCAUCUACCACAAACAAGAUGUUUAUGCUAAGGUUUGCCUCACCAGUGAUCCUGAAAACACCGUUUCUACCAAUACCAUCAAUGGUGGUGGCAGGAACCCGGUUUUCAACCAGAAUCUGAGGAUUAAUGUCAAGACAGUCGACUGCUCCCUUAAGUGCGAGAUAUUCAUGAUGAGUCGGGUGAGGAACUACCUUGAGGAUCAGUUGCUGGGAUUUGCUUUGGUGCCUUUGUCCGAAGUUGUUAUGAAGAAUGGGAAGUUGGAGAAAGAGUUCUCUCUUUCUUCCACUGAUCUCUUCCAUUCACCUGCUGGAUAUGUUCAACUCUCACUCUCGUACAGUGGAGCUACCCCUGAUGUAAUGGCAAUUCCUGCUGCUGAUGGAAUCAUGCGGGAUGCAGAGGUACAGGAAUCACUCGAAUGUGAACUCGACAAGCUUGAAUUUCCAGAUCCGAACAUUGCAAAUGAAAACCAGAUGAUGGUUUCUGAGUAUUUUGGGACACCAUGUACCAAUCUGGAUGACUCUGAGACCUCUGAGAGUUUGGUCACUUGUGAUGCUGCUGACAGCCAUACCAGCACAGCCACAUGUACUGCUAAUGGAGUGGAAAGCUUCUCAGCUGCUAGAGUAGAUUCUGCCCUAGCUACUAAUAAGCCUGAUUCUCCUCCAAGCAGUGUGUCAACAACCAAUGGAGUCGUCUCAUCUCCUUCGAAUGGUGUGAGCUCAGACAACUCUAAGACUCAGUCUGAAGAGCACAACUCGGUUUGCAAAGAGGAUAAGGGCAUAGAUGCUGCAAAUGGGGAAACUGACUCCUCAGCUGGCACUCCAAGGGAGGAAGUUACCAAGCCUGUUGUUACUAUGAAAAUGGAGUCAGAGCAGGGUGUUGUGCAGCAAGACAUAGUUGACAUGUACAUGAAGAGCAUGCAGCAAUUCACCGAGUCAUUGGCAAAGAUGAAGCUUCCACUGGACAUCGAUAACAGCGGGCCAGCCAGUUCAGGCAGUUCUAACUCCGAGCAGCAGAAAACACCCUCAUCAACUAAAACAGGUUCCCGAGUGUUUUAUGGGAGCAGGGCUUUCUUCUGAGCUCUCUCUUAGUUACUGCUAGUUUCAGAGUUCGGGGGGAAAACGCACAGGUGACAACAGUUAGACUUCCCUUCCACCCAUGGAGAGACUAAGUACUGAUAGUGAUGAACUGUAAUAAUUCAUGAUGUAGUAGUGUGUGUUGUUUUUCUUCCCUUUCGUUUCUUUCCCCCCUUACCUUGGGUCCAUGUUGAGAUGUUUAGAGAUGACGGGGAAAUUAUGACUUGUAUGCUGGUGCGGUUCUCAGCUUUGUUUCUAUUCCUGCUGUGUUUGCAGUUUGUAUACAUGCAAAAUUUCCCUUUCCAAACUGUCGUUUUUUCUUCUUCUUUCUGUUCUAUUUGUCUGUUCUGCUAAUUUUCAAACCUUUGAAUUAUGGUGAAAUGAAGUUUUCAAACUAAUUAUAUGCUAAUGAUGAAUGCAAAUUAUACUCUGAUUAAAUGGUUAUGGAUAUG